UUGUUUUUAUUAAUUUAUUUAAUUUAUAGAGAAAAAAAAAUUUUUUUGUUGUUUUUGUAAUGGGUACUAAAUGUCACAUAACUUUUGAUAAUAGCCCCGAAGGAACAUUUUAUAGUGGAAGUAUAAUAACAGGAAAAGUUGAAAUUAUUUUGGAUAAAAAAACUAGUGUUAGAGGAAUUGCCAUAAAAUUUUUUGGUCGGGCCAGUACAUUAUGGAUUGAAGGAACUGGUAAUGAUGCAACAGAGAGAUCGGGUCAGAUAGAUUAUCUCUCUUCUACCACAUAUCUAAUAGGUUCGGAUUCAGGUAGUACUAUUGUAAUAGAACCUGGAAUUCAUACAUAUAAUUUCUCCUGUGCCUUACCAUCGCAAUUACCGUCAUCAUUUGAGGGAACACACGGUAAUAUACGAUAUUCAGUUCAAAUAAUAUUUGAUAGGCCAUGGAAAUUUGAUAAAACUUAUACAGUCGGAAUAACAAUAUUAAAAAUGGUUGACUUAAAUAAUAAUGAUUCACCAUCAAUCAGGAUGCCAUGUGAGUAUCAAACUAGUGAAAAAUUCUGGUGUGGUCCAUGUAUAACAAAUCCACUUGAUAUUAAAUUAAAAAUACCACAACUCGGUUAUGUACCUGGACAAGCUAUAAUUGUUAAUGCUGAUAUACAAAAUAAUACUAAAUUAAAUAUUGAUCAUGUACAAAUGUCAUUAAUAAAGACAAUCAAAUAUUAUAGCGACGAUUCGUCAAACGCAACAAAAAAGGAAACCUUAACAAUUGUUGAAAUUAAAACAGAUGAAGUAAAACCUAAAAUAAGUAAAAUAUUUCAGGAAUUUGUUCGGAUUCCAGCAAUACCACCAACAUGUACGAAUCUAUGUAAAAUUAUACAUAUCACAUAUGAUUUACAUAUUAAAGUUAAAAUUCAUGGUUUUCAUACAAGUCCCAUAAUAAAAUUUCCAAUAACAAUUGGAAAUAUACCACUUGCAGAUGUUAUUACUCAACAACCAUUGUCCACAAUAUCAAGAUCAAUUAAUCAAAAUAAUACCAAUACUGUACCAGUAAUUGAUAAUAUUCCUGUGGAUUCAAUAGCAACUAUUGCACAAGACUGUCAUAUAAGUCCUCCCUCUUAUCAACAAGCUGUGUACAUGAGUAAAGUAAAUCUUGCAAAGAAUGAAGAGCACCCUAUUUGUGAGUCACCCGAAUAUGUUCCAAGAUAUCCUGUUUAUAAUUUCAGUCCGAUUGCGCCAAGCUUGGAUGAAAUCGAUUCUCCAAAAUAUGAAACUAAUGGUAUUUGGAUUUAAGGAAUGUAUUUGUGAUAGAAAUAAAUAUUGAUUGAA